CCCAUUAAUUUUUUUUAUUUAUCAUAUGACUUUGAGUUUAUUAGUCUUUAAUUUUACCUUGUUUGAUGAAUUCAAAGCCAUGUUAAUUUCAUACCAUCAAACCGUACUACAAAUGAAAAGAUCUAUGGAGUGGAUGAAAGCAUAUACAUUUUUUACAUUCAAAAGAUACUUAAGGAGAAUCAUAAGAGACAAGACUACUUGAUAGUGCAUUUUCUAUUGAUAGAAAAACGAGAUGAUCAUCUUGAGACACUAACUUACCGUCGAGAUCUAUCUAAUUUAUUUUCAUUCAGUCCCAAUUUUAUCUAAUAAAUUAUUUUAUAUUUUUUAAAAUUAUUAAAAGACCAGUGCUAUUUUUUCUCUUUAAAAGACUUUGAAAAUUAUGAGAACUAGAAAUGUAGGGUUGUAAAAAAAAAGUACACGUAAUUAAGUUUUCUUGAAGACUUAAGAUACAUACCCGUAACCGUAAUUAAACAGAUGUUGAGAAUUUAUUACACAAACAAUCUGACUUAAUACCAAAAAAGAACCCGUUCAAACUCGAAUGAUCACCAUUAAUCUAACGAAAACAAAUUAGCAACGGCAAUUAAUAAUAAUAAUAAUAAUGAAGGAAGAAGAAAAAAAAGAGGUAAUGAGAAGGCAAAGGCAAUUGAAUGGAAUUGAUCCGUUGGAAUAGAAGGAGGAAGAAAAGUAUAAGAAGAAAAAUAUCCAAUCCAAUCAAACGCGUUUUUCUAUCAUCAUUGUCAACCUCGCGUCCUCUUUCACACACAGUCACAAAUUUCGAAAGACAGGGUUUGUUUGAGCUUCCUGACCUUGACUUUUCUCCUCUCUUCUUCCGCUUCUGCUUCCGCCAUGUCCAUCGCAUCGCACAAUUAAACCCUCGCAUCCUCUCACCAUGUACAUCCGCACCUCUUUUCUUCAUUCACCUAACUUCGCAAUUCUAAAUAUCCUAAACCUAAACCUAAUGACUCUCAAUUACCGUCGCUGAUCGCCGAAAUCGGGAAAAAAAAAAAGAGGAACACGCCGUUCGUUAGGGUUUCGAUGGAAUCGUCGCCGUCUUCUUCUUCCUCGUCGUCAUCUUCCGGGAGCGAGACCGGCGGUGGCGCUGUCACGUGGUUCGGGAUGAGUUUCCCGUUCCGUUCUCCGCUCUCUCUCGUCAUGGAUUACUGCGCGCGCGAGGAUUCCGCGGAGCCUGUGAUCAUCAUUCCCCGCACGCGCCCUCGGUUUCAGGCUCAGCCUGAAUCGGCUUCGGCUUCGGCUUCGGCUUCGGCUUCUGCGUCCGCUUCGGCCUCUGAUUCCGACGAGAAUGCCUGCAGCGGCGCGGAGGAGGUUGCGAUACGCAUAAUUGGGGCCGGCGAGCAGGAGAGCGGCUCGCCGUCGUCGUCGCGGGGCCGGGAGGCAGGCUGCGAGGAGGAAGUGAUCGGGAGGAGCGCGAUGCUGUCGUCCGAGGCUCGCCGGAGAAUGGCGGAGGAGAGGGUUCCGUUGGUUUCGUUGGAUGAUGGGAUUGGUGGCGGCAGGGAUUCUUCUUCUUCAUCAUCAUCGUCGUCUACCUACCAGAGGUAUGAUAUUCAGCAGGUCGCCAAGUGGAUUGAGCAGAUUCUUCCGUUUUCGCUCUUGUUGUUGAUAGUUUUCAUCCGCCAGCAUUUGCAAGGUUUCUUCGUCACAAUUUGUAUAUCAGCUGUGAUGUUCAAGUCAAAUGAAAUUGUUAAGAAGCAGACAGCCCUGAAGGGAGAUCGGAAAGUAUCUAUUCUGAUUGGCAUCUCUUUUGCCUUUAUGCUGCAUGUGAUAUGCAUUUACUGGUGGUAUCGAAAUGAUGAUCUUUUAUACCCUUUGGCUAUGCUUCCACCAAAAUCAACACCACCUUUCUGGCAUACAAUAUUCAUCAUUUUGGUUAAUGAUACAUUGGUGCGGCAAGCAGCGAUGGCUUCCAAGUGUGUGUUGCUUAUUUACUACAAAAAUGGAAGAGGCCAUAACUUCCGUCGGCAGGGUCAAAUGUUAACUCUGGUUGAGUACACUCUGCUGUUGUAUCGUGCCUUGUUGCCAACACCUGUUUGGUACCGAUUUUUCUUGAACAAGGAGUACGGAAGUCUCUUUUCCUCACUGACCACAGGAUUGUAUCUAACUUUCAAGCUAACAUCAGUAGUUGAGAAGGUCCAAUGCUUCGUUUCUGCCUUAAAAGCGUUAUCGAAAAAGGAAGUUCAUUAUGGGGUUUAUGCCACAACGGAACAGGUGAAUGCAGCUGGUGACAUGUGUGCUAUAUGCCAGGAGAAGAUGCAGGCUCCCAUAUUGUUGAGCUGUAAACACAUGUUCUGUGAGGAGUGUGUAUCGGAAUGGUUUGAGAGAGAACGAACUUGCCCAUUAUGCAGGGCAUUGGUAAAACCAGCUGAUCUGCGGACCUUUGGAGAUGGAUCAACAAGUCUGUUUUUUCAGUUAUUUUAAGCUCUCGCUUUGUUUGGCUUGUUGGGUCAUUUUUUGAGCCAAAAUCUUCCUGGAAAAUGUUACGUUCUCUGGUUUGGUAAAAUUUCCCAUUAAUGGAUUCUAAUGAAAUUGAGAUUGAAAAAAUAUAUAUAUAGAUAUAUUACAUUUAUGGCUAAAGUGCAAGUUCUUCUGUGUAAUGAUAUCAGAUGUACAAUACAAACUUCAAAGGGCCUUAGACAGCUGGCUGAUCCUGAAAGCCGCGUGGAUCUUUUAACCUGAUAUUCGUCACGUCACACGUUAAGGAAACUCUUGUUUAUAAUGUUACAUUUCAAAUUA